GAGGCUCCCAGACGGGGUCUGUCAUCCCGAUGUCUGUGCUCCGGUUUCAGGGUGAGUUUAAUUCUGGCUGUAUCCUCUACGGCACGACCAAGUACAACUCGACGGCAAAAUCCCUGGAGGUGGAGCACUUUGGCAACGUCACCCUCUGCGGCUUCGUCAGCGCCGUCUCUGUGGGCAUCGCCAUCUACUGUUUUUGCACAGUCUUCUACUUCAUCUAUGCCAGUUGCAUUGAGGAAGCAAACAGGGGCUCACGAUGGCUCACAGCCUGCCUGGUGACAGCCGGGAUCUUCCUCUUCCUCCUGCUGGUCUCUGGCUGCCUGCUGCGAGUUGGCCUCAGCUUGUUUUGUCAGGGCCUUCUCUUGGAAGCUGGUGUCAAGAGCUGCUCCGAUGGUGAGAAAAUGGACUGGACGUCGCCAUACGACGGUUCCCGCUUCUACCAAAACUUUACCAGUGCUGAGACCUCGACCUGGGUGAACUUCUUCUUUUGGUUAGUGGUAUUGACUCUGCUCAUUGUGCAGCGGAGGCAGCUCGAUGGCUUCAGGCCAAUGAAUGGGGCCGAUCCCGAGUGGAGCACGGCCGUGGCAGGAAUCACGUCUGAGACCAAACCCUUAAUCCCAUCAGGACCCCGGCCUUGAAAGGAAGUGUUGUCGCCGUACUGGAAUCAUGGAAUGAGCUGCAAGAAGAGUGUUUGUGUGUGUGUGUGUGUGUGUGUGUAUUUGCCUGUACAUGCAUUUGUAAAGGCUUCCCCUCCGCACCCCCCCACCCCCAUCCUGCUCAAAGAAUCCCGCACUACAGACUAAAGCUGAAUUCCUGUCAUCCCAGCCUUAAUGCACUGCCUAACUGGGACUAAGUGCCAACUAUUUAGCCUGUGUGUGUGUGUGUCUGUUUGUUUGUGCAGAAUAUAUAAAGCAGCUGCCUUGUGCCUGUUCGAGCAAUUCCUUUUUGUUUUUUUUUUGAAAUGGUUUAUUUUUCUGCAAACCUGGGCAGGUUGCAGUUAAAUUCUUUAUCCGAGAGCGGUCCGUGAAUUGAGGGAAGGUUUUCUGCGGGAUUUGUGUAAAUACUUGGCGUUGCCGGAAGAGGAGAGAAACCGAGGGAGAAAUGAGCAAAGGCUGUCAAUUUGUGGGGUGCAGGUGAGUGUUACGUUGUCCCAGAGAAUCUGAGGCAGUCACCUGUUGGGCCAGCAACACCUUUGCAGUGACAUGUGGACAAACCGUUUUUUUGCAACAAAUCAUCCGUCACACAAAGCUUCUUUCUUUGCACUCGACAAUUUGCAAACGUGCAAUUUAAGGCGAAAAACCAACAUUUGCACGGAAUGGACGGAGAGCUGAUACCUUGACCACUCGAGGGUACACUUACCUCCUGUCAGUACAGUAGGAAUGUUGGCUUUCCCCUUAAAUUGGCAUUCUUGCCAACAGUCCUGAUGAGUGCAAGACAAGAAACCUUUUAUUUUCGGCAAUCAAGCUGUUUACCACCAAACAACCAAAUUGUUCAUUUUCCCAACCUUCCUGUAGCAGUGGUGUGAGAUAACAGCCAUCCACUUGCCACCAGCCUGUGUGCCCAUAGAGAGGCCAUCUGCCUCAGACUGACCAGGGCAGCUGGAUGUGAGGGUAUCUCACCCUGGAGUGUCAGGGGCUGCCCCCAAAAAUUAUGUGCAGCAAGAGAAAAUGUCCAGGACUAAUGCUUGCAAUAUGAUGGCACUAUCUGCAAUGUUGGACUUGGGAACAGGAGUUGGCUAUUCUGCCCUCUGAACCUGCUGUGCUCUUCGGUAAGGUGGUGGGUGAUCCAGUAGCGGUCUCCAUCCUAUCUAUUGGCUCAUCUGUCCCUCGUGCCUGUGGCGAAAGACUUCUGUUGCCUGCAACUGUGAAAUGAAGGUAGCCAGUCUUCUGGAAACUUGUUUCUGGACCUAGCUCCUAACUGCAACUCUUGAUAGUGAAGCAGGGUGGAAAAAUCACUGGCGUAGCCAUCGAGCUGCACUCUGCAAACUGUGCUCCAAUGUGUAUCCCAUCUCAGUCUGAAAGUCAGGGGCUUGAGACUGACUUCAAACAAGGCUGUAGCAGCACCAUGGGAAGGGUGUGCUGGCUGCUUUUGUAUUUUGGAUAGGACGUUAAAGCAGAAGGGUUGCAUGUAUCUCUCAGGAGGGUACAACCUAUCUUGUAAAAACCGAAAGAGCUGCGGAUGCUGCAAAUCAGGAACAAAAACAGAAGUUACUGAAAAAGCUCAGCAGGUCUGGCAGCACCUGUGGAGGAAAAAACAGUUAAUGUUUCGGGUCCGGUGACCCUUCCUCAAACUAUCUUGUGGCUGAGAUUGAAGGGAGAGAGAGGCUCUUGUGGUAGUAUCCUUACUUCUUGACCAGGAGACCCAGGUUCAAGUCACAUCUGCUCCAGAGAUGUGAAAUAACAUCUAUGACAAGGUUGGUUUAAAAAAUAGCUGAAGAAUCUGAGGGUUUGCAGUACUUUUUAAAUAUCUGACAUGGACUGGACAGUGAGACAUCAAAAGCAUGCAAGCAAUGCUACAUUAAAGACAAAUUUAUUUUUGUAGUCUCUGUCCUGGUAUAUUACCUGGACAAAACGUGUGAAUUGGGAGGCACUGUCUCCCAUCUUGCUCAACCUUGAGCACAAAACAAGGUUUAUUCUAAAGAGGCUGAGGCAAAGGCAAAGGCAAAGGAAACAAAACUUUGACAAAACUCUUGUUCCUCCUCCUGACUCUCCUAAGUGACAGGACUUGGUUAUCACCGAUACUUGUCAUUGUUUCAAGCAGAUCCCACCCUCCGUAACGUCAGGCGUAUGGUAGUCUCUGCCCAAGUGCUCAUUGUCCAAUUAAACUUUUGGACUACUGGGAUCUGUUAAUAGGAUUUAAAUUGACCGCUCACCUGGGCCUGGACUGUGACUUAUUCCUGUAUUCAUUGACUGUACUUUGGUAUAUGUGAAACAAUAAAUCAAUGAAAAGUGUUGGUUUACAUGCUAUACAGGCAGAUCGUACCAUACAAAGUGCAUCAGGGUAGCAGAACAGAGUGGAAUACAGUCACAGAAGGUGCAAAGAAAGAGAUCUGAAAUAAAAUUUGAGAGGUCUGUUCAAAAGUCUGAUAACAUUGGGGAAGAAGCUGUUCUUGUAUCUAUUCCUAUGUGUUAUCAAACCUUUGUCUCCUGCCCAAUAGAAGAGAGUAUUACUGGGGUGGGAGGGGUCUUUUGAUUUAUGUUGGCCACUUUCCCGAGGCAGCGGGAAGUAUAGAUGGGGUCAGUAGCUGGAAGACUGGUUUGUGAGACGGACCAGACAGUGUUUGCGACACUAUAAUUUCUUGCAGUCUUGAGAAGAGCAGUUGCCAAACAACGCUGUGAUGAAUCCAGACAGGAUGCUUUUUAUGGUUCAUCUAUAAAAAUUGGGAAGAGUGGUUGUGGACAUGCCGAAUUUCCUUCGCCUCCUGAGGGAGUAGAGACAUUGGGUUUUCUUGAUCGUCAUAUCGACUUGGGUCGAGCAAGGCAGAUUGGUGAUUUGUCACUCCCAGGAACUUAACGCUCUCGACCAUCUACACCUCCACACCAUUGAUGUAGACAGGGGCACACCCCUUCCUGAGAUUUGAUCUACAAUGGUGGUGUGGUCAGCAAACUUGUAAACGGAGCUGGGAUGAAAUUUGGCCACACAGUCAAGAGUGUAUAAGGAGUAUAGUAGGGGACUGAGUAUGCAGUCUUGCGAGGGAUUAUGGUGGAGGAGGUGUUAUCACCUAUUCUUACUGAUUGUGGUCUGUGGGUCGGGAAAUCAAAGAUCCAGUUACAAGAGGUGGGGGGAGCGAACGGAGCUGAGACCUAGGUCUUGGAGUUUACAGAUGUUUGGAAUUAUGGUGUUUGAAGGCAGAAGUUUAAUCAAUAAGUAGGAGCCUUACUUGGGUAUGCUUGUUAUCCUGAUGUUCCAGGGAUAAGCGUAGAGCCAUGGCGAUGGUGUCUGCUGUGGAUUUGUUGUACCAGGAGCUAAACUGCAAAGGAUCAAGACAAUUUUGGUAGGCUGGAGUUGAUGUGAACUGUGACUAACCUCUUGAAACGCUUCACAAUUCGGAACUUCAGGGCCACUGGGCGCUAGUCAUUGAGGCACGCUGCAUGAUUUUUUUUUUCUUUGGCACUGGCAUGAUGGUGGUCUUCUUGAAGCAAGUGGGGACUUCAGAUCGUAGUAGGCAGAGGUUGAAGAUGUCUGUGAACAUUCCUGCCAGCCGGUCUACACAGGAUCCGAGUGCACGACUGGGGAGUCCAUCCAGGCUCGUCGCUUUCCAUGGGUUAAAAUCUUGUUACAAUCAUGCUGACAGACCUAAUGGAGAUGUUUUAACCAAUAUCAUGGUGCAUUUAAAAAUAAACUUUGGUUUAAGUUCUUAAA